AUGGGGAUCUCUACGGUCAUCCUUGAAAUAUGUCUAUUAUGGGGUCAAGUUCUAUCUUCAGGAACAAAGACAGCAAUACCGAGGGCUUCCCCCCACUGUGUCGAUGCAGGUUUGCCUCUGAGGCUGGUGGAUGGCGGUGACCGCUGCCAGGGCCGGGUGGAGGUCCUGUACCAAGGCUACUGGGGCACCGUGUGUGACGACAGCUGGGACACCCAGGAUGCAGACGUCGUCUGCCGGCAGCUCGGCUGUGGCCAUGCUGUGUCAGCCCCGGGAGGGGCCCACUUCGGUCAGGGCUCGGGAAACAUCCUCCUGGGAGCCGUGUACUGCUCGGGACGGGAGCCCUACCUGUCCAGCUGUCGUCACGAUGGGUGGUACAACCACGAAUGUGGCCACAGGGAAGACGCCGGAGCCGUGUGUUCAGAUGCUCAACAGAACUCAUCACCCACUCCAGGAUGGUGGCCUACAACACCUGAGACCACUGGAACUGAUCCUGGGCUGGCCGUGAGGCUGGUGAACGGAGGAGACCGCUGCCAGGGCCGCGUGGAGGUCCUAUACGGAGGGUCCUGGGGCACCGUGUGUGAUGACAACUGGGACACCAACGAUGCCAACGUGGUCUGCAGGCAGCUGGGCUGCGGCUGGGCCGUGUCUGCCCUAGGCAAUGCCCGGUUUGGUCAGGGCUCAGGCCCCAUUGUCAUGGAUGACGUGGCCUGCAAUGGGCACGAGUCUUACCUGUGGAACUGCAACCACCGUGGCUGGCUCAACCAUAACUGUGCCCAUUCUGAGGACGCAGGAGUCAUCUGCUCAUAUGCUCAACAGAACUCAUCACCCACUCCAGGUUGGCAGAGGCCUACAACACCUGUGCCCAUUGGAACCGAUUCUGGGCUGGCCCUGAGGCUGGUGAACGGAGGAGACCGCUGCCAGGGCCGCGUGGAGGUCCUAUACGGAGGUUCCUGGGGCACCGUGUGUGACGACAGCUGGGACACCAACGAUGCCAACGUGGUCUGCAGGCAGCUGGGCUGCGGCUGGGCCGUGUCUGCCCUAGGCAAUGCCCGGUUUGGACAGGGCUCGGGCCCCAUCGUCAUGGAUGACGUGGCCUGCAAUGGGCACGAGUCUUACCUGUGGAACUGCAACCACCGUGGCUGGCUUAUCCAUAACUGUGCCCAUUCUGAGGACGCAGGAGUCAUCUGUUCAGUGGCUCACUCCAACAUGCCGGGCCCUGAUACACUGCCAGAGCUGCUUUUGCCGGCCUAUACUGUUGGAGCCGAUGCCUCCUUGAGACUGGUCAAUCAUAACUCCUCUGGUGUCUGUGCUGGACGUGUGGAAAUUUAUCACGCAGGGAGAUGGGGAACAGUGUGUGAUGACUCUUGGAGCCUUCAGGAUGCACAGGUGGUCUGCAGACAGCUGGGCUGUGGAAAUGCCACAAGUGCCCCAGGAAAUGCUUUCUUUGGCUCUGGCUCUGGCCCCAUCACUCUGGAUGACGUGGAAUGCUCAGGGACGGAAUCCACUCUCUGGCAGUGCCAGAGCCGAGAAUGGUUCUCCCAUAACUGUGGUCACCAUGAAGACGCUGGUGUUAUCUGCUCAGGCUAUGAUCCUACAGUCGGCGCUUCCACCUUUGUGCCUGUUGUGGAUGAGGACGUGUGUCACAGCACCCUUGAGAGGAACUCUUCCAUAGUAUCAUCUCCAAGUUGUGGUGGCUUCUUGGGCAACACCAGUGGGACAUUCUCCAGCCCAAACUACCCUGGACUGUACCCUAACAAUGCCCGGUGUGUGUGGGAAAUCCAAGUGCGGUCUGGUUAUCGCAUCAACCUGGGCUUCAGAAACCUGCAGUUGGAGUUGGCACAAUCUUGCCCUUAUGACUAUAUUGAAAUCUUUGAUGGUUCAUCGACCACGAAUUUGCUGGCAAAGAUCUGUAAUAACAGUGGGCAGAUUUUCACAUCUUCUAACAACCGAAUGACUGUUCGUUUCCGAAGUGAUCACAGCGUCCAGUACUCAGGCUUUCUUGCUUGGUAUAACUCCUUCCCGAAUGAUGCCUCCUUGAGACUGGUCAAUCAUAACUCCUCUGGUGUCUGUGCUGGACGUGUGGAAAUUUAUCACGCAGGGAGAUGGGGAACAGUGUGUGAUGACUCUUGGAGCCUUCAGGAUGCCCAGGUGGUCUGCAGACAGCUGGGCUGUGGAUAUGCCACAGGAGCCCCAGGAAAUGCUUUCUUUGGCUCUGGCUCUGGCCCCAUCACUCUGGAUGACGUGGAAUGCUCAGGGACGGAAUCCACUCUCUGGCAGUGCCAGAGCCGAGAAUGGUUCUCCCAUAACUGUGGUCACCAUGAAGAUGCUGGUGUCAUCUGCUCAGAGCCCGACAUUCCCACGUUUUCCCCCCUGACAGCAAAUUAUUCCUGUGGAGGUUUACUGUCCCAGGCGUCAGGGCAUUUUUAUAGUCCAUUCUACCCUGCGAACUAUCCCAACAACGCCAGAUGUGUGUGGAACAUUGAGGUCCCAAAUAACUACCGUGUGACAGUCAUCUUCACAGACGUGCAGCUCGAAGGGGGCUGCAACUACGAUUACAUUGAGGUUUUCGAUGGUCCCCAGCUCAGCUCCCCGCUCCUCGCUCGGGUUUGUGAUGGAGCCGUUGGCUCCUUCACAUCCUCAUCAAACUUCCUGUCGGUCCGCUUCAUCAGCGACGGCAGCAUCACUCGCAAGGGGUUCCAGGCUGAGUACUACUCCAGCUACGGCAACGACAGCACCAAUCUCCUUUGUCUACCAAACCACAUGCAAGCCAGUGUGAGCAGGACCUACCUCCAGUCUCUGGGCUAUUCUGCCAGGGACCUUGUCAUUCCUGGCUGGAAUGGGAGCUACUGGUGUCAACCCCAGAUAACAUCCAGGCAGGUGAUAUUCACAAUCCCCUACACAGGCUGUGGCACUACCAAACAGGUGGACAAUGACACCAUCAACUAUUCCAACUUCCUGAAGGCGGCUGUUUCAAAUGGCGUCAUUAACAGGAAGAAGGACCUCAACAUUCACAUCAGCUGCAAGAUGUUGCAGAACACCUGGGUGCACACCAUGUACAUCACCAACAACACCAUCGAGAUCCAGGAAGUCCAGUACGGCAACUUUGACGUGAACAUCUCCUUCUACACGUCCCCCUCCUUCUUAUACCCUGUGACCAGCACCCCAUACUACGUGGACCUGAACCAGGACCUAUACCUCCAGGCUGAAGUCCGCCAUUCUGACACUUCACUAUCCCUGUUUGUGGACACAUGCGUGGCGUCACCGCACUUCCAGGACCUCUCAUCUUCCACAUAUGAUCUCAUCCGGGGCGGGUGCAUAAGAGAUGAAACCUACCAAACCCUUCCCCAGCCAUCGCCCCGCAUUGCCCGCUUCAAAUUCAACUCCUUCCACUUCCUGAACCACUACCCGUCAGUGUACCUGCAGUGUAAGCUGGUGGUGUGCAGAGCCGGGGACCACUCCUCCCGCUGCUACAGAGGCUGUGUGGUGAGGUCCAAGAGGGACGUGGGCUCCUACCAGGAAAAGGUGGACGUCGUCCUGGGACCCAUCCAGCUGCAGGUGCCCCGUGAACAGAAGAGGAGCCUGGACCUGGCAGUCGAAGACGAGAAGAAGCCGACCAGCGAGCAGAGUGGUCAUCCCAGCGCAGCCAUCGUCGCGGGAGUCUUCGUGGCCAUGGUUCUGGCCGUGGCAGCCUUCGUGCUGGGCAAGAGGAAGCGCGGAGCCCUCAGCCAACCUCUGAGCACCAAGAUGUGA